AGUGGUAAGGUGUUGGGACAGCUAGGACUUUUCUUGUGAAGGCGAACCUCAUUCAACUAUUGUGGCUAUUCCUUGUGGCUAGCUUCACACAGUUGUCCUGCUCAGUUUGGAAGAUGCUGCAGUCAGAUGCACUGCGGUAAAAAAUAACGCCAGACAGGAGGGAGAAAGAAGUCUGUAUUAUUCGCAAUGCCAGCCCGUGAGAAAUAUCCAGAGUCCUUUGAUGCGUGGGAUAAUUUUUGCCUCUCAAAAGAACAACGCUUCAUUAAAUAAUUUGUUGAUCCUUCAGAAGGAAAGGAUAUCCCACAUUUUUCCCCGGAGAACGGACAAAUCGGGAUAAGGAGGAUAUUUUUUUCAGAAGGGACAACGUGAGGGCAGUAAAAUAGAAGAGCAUGGCACCAAAAGCAUGGCACCAAGAACAUGGCACCAAGAGCAUGGCACCAAGAGCAUGGCACCAAGAGCAUGGCACCAAGAGCAUGGCACCAAGAGCAUGGCACCAAGAGCAUGGCACCAAGAGCAUAGCACCAAGAGCAUAGCACCAAGAGCAUAGCACCAAGAGCAUAGCACCAAGAGCAUAGCACCAAGAGCAUAGCACCAAGAGCAUAGCACCAAGAGCAUAGCACCAAGAGCAUAGCACCAAGAGCAUAGCACCAAGAGCAUAGCACCAAGAGCAUAGCACCUGCAAUGCCAGGAUGGUGGGUUCCAUUCCCGGGACCACCAGUGAGUAAAAUGUAAUUUUGGAGGAAGCAACUUCAGUCCCUACCAUUUCUUACUUUGCUCAAACAACGUCUUCCUGGAUAACAUCCCAAAGGAAUAUCUUACAAUCAAGUGUUCAAAGAAGAGCCUUUUUUAGGCUUCUCAGCCCUAGGAUCUGUACUUUCAUUGCUAUAUUACACUUAAGGACAUGUCUGCUGUGCGACUGCUGCUCCUAUUUCUGCUUUGUUCCCAUUUUGUGUCCCUGUGCCAUGGGGCCUGUUCAGAGGUGGACUCGGACACUGAGGCCGUUGCAGGCAAAGGGUUCAAACUGGGCUGCAUCUCCUGUAAGAUGAGGCCUGAGGUGGAGGCUUCUGCCACGGUCAACUGGUAUUUCAAGGCCAAAGGGGAAGCUGAAUUUGCUCAUAUAUAUAAUUACGAUGAGGAGGGCCCCCACAUUGUGGAUGAGCGCUUUGAGGAGCGCGUCGACUGGAACGGCAGUAAGAGGAGCCAAGACAUACAGGAUGCAUCCAUCUACCUCUUCAAUGUCACCUUCAAUGACUCGGGCACCUACAGUUGCCACUUCCACCGGCUCUUGACGUAUGAGUUCUACGAAUACCAGACUGUUGUCAGCAAGCUUGUGCACCUGAAAGUGGUGGCUAAAGCCACCAGAGGGACAGCCUCUAUAGUCUCUGAAGUGAUGAUGUAUGUGUCCAUCAUCGGGCUACAGGCUUGGCUCUACAUAGAGAUGGUAUACUGCUUCAGAAAGAUCUCAGCUGCAGGAGAGGAAGCAUUAAGAGAAAGCGCGAAUGCAGAAUAUUUAGCUAUAGCCUCAGAGAGUAAAGAUAACUGUGCAGGGGUGCAAGUGGCAGAAUAACCCAGGAAUGCAAAGGGAUUCGAUCUAUGUACUGACCGCAACAGCUAUACGACCCCUUGGAUCGCAUGAAGACAUCCUGAAGAUGCACAGUAUCUACACUUUCUGAGUUUUUAUUACUUUUCCUGUUACGUUAAUGGAUAAAUGUGAUAUGAUGACAUCAUUACUUUGAAAGUAGCAUGAUAUCAGCACCUCUGUAUGUAUUACACACAAAAGCAUGUAACUAAUUCAACUAAUGAAUCCUUAUGUGUAUGAAUCCUUCAUCAAGGUAUUUUUUGGGUUGUAUCGAUCUCUCUCUAAAGUGAAUGUACAUUUAUAUUAAGAGUUAUUGUGAGAGAAUUAAUCUGAUUAAAUGGUUAUCAAGAGAGCUUUAUCACA